AUGCUAGAGCGAUAUGUGGUAGGUAGGGGGGCUGAAGGGGGUAAUACCUCUGAAGGAGGAGGAGGAGGAGGAGAAGAAAUGGGGCGCUUGGUGGUUGCAGCAGAAUCGUUUGAAAGCAGCAAUGGCGUGGGAGAGGGGAGGGAACAGCAGGGGCAUGAGGAGCGAGAGGAGGGACAGGAGGGAGAGGAGGAGUCCUGGGAGGUGUUGGGGCAUGAGAGUGACAUAAGGCGGCUGCUGCAGGGGGUGUUGGAUGCAGCACUGCACGCCACAGAGGGUGGUGGGUGGGUGCACGUGCACUGGCAGAGAGCGCCGGGGGGAGGCGUGCUGCUGCUGGUGGAAGACAGUGGCGUGGGCGUGCACUACCUGUCUGCCAGCCUGGCCUCCUCCUCUGCUCAGAAUCUGCCACCUGGCAAGUUGACACAGGCUGCUGACGCGCUGGCAGCAAUGGAGGUGGCGAGGGGUGUGGCAGAGGCGGUGGGGGCAGUGAUGCGAGUGCAGUCACCCCACCUUAUCAACGCCCCCUGUGGUUACGGCGGGACAAGAGUGGAGCUCUGGUUACCACCUGCCCCUGUGUCGAUACCACAGCAGCAGCAGGAGCAGUGA